CUUCCCUGCCGCCGCCGCCGCGGCUCGAGCUUCUCGGCUCCUACUGCCUUUCCGCACAAGUUUCCAUCGCCUCGAAGAGCAGCCGCGGAAGGACCAGCGAAGGGCCGAGGGCCCGCAGUCCCUGGCCAGCUGGCCAUGUGGGGGAGAUUCCUGUCCCUGGAGCCCGGCGGCCCCGGCGGAGUCCGCAGCUACCCCACAGGCCAAGAUUACUCCUCCACAGCAUGGUCAUCUGGUACUGAGUCUUUGUGGCAGGCCACAACUGUUCCAUCAAGCACUCGUAGUAGCCACACCCGACGACAUAGUAUCGCUUCUGACAGUGGGGACACUGGCAUUGGAACCUCCUGUUCUGACAGUGUGGAAGACCAUUCUACUUCAAGUGGUACAUCAUCGUUCAAGCCCAGCCACUCACUGGUCACAAUUCCCACUGCCCAUGUGAUGCCGUCUCAUUCCAGUUCUUCAAUUUCCAAACACAGGGAAGCACUGACAUCUGAUGGGUCAAAAUGGAGUACAGGUUUCAUACGGACAAUGGGAAACCGAAAUCGAGAACUGGACUCUUCACUUGACAUGAAGGACAUACGACCUGUACGAAAAUGGUCAUCUUUGUCUAAACUCAACCUCCCAGAUAACUGUAGUCAAGAUGGCAGUGUUCGAUCUGAGGAAUCCAGGAGUAGUUUAGAUAAGUCAGAGAGAGAUAGGGCUUUGAUAGCACAACUAAGGGCAAAUGGUCCCAGCUGCUUACACGAUAGUAUGGAGAUGCUUCAACUAGAAGACAAGGAAAUAAAUAAAAUACGGUCUUCAACUCUGGAUUGUAAAUAUAAGUUUGAGAGCUGUAGCAAAGAAGACUUGGGAAUCUCUCCUGCUCAUAGGAGACAUGCCUUAGACAAGACAUACAGUGCCUUACCUGAAAGCAAGUCUUCUAUAACAAGUUCAGAGCCUUAUGAACAAAAAUAUCUAAUGCUAGGCCAGCAGGCUGUGGGUGGAAUUCCUAUUCAGCCUUCUGUUAGAACUCAAAUGUGGCUUACUGAUCAAUUACAUGCAAAUCCUCCUGAUUGUAGGCCUAUUGAUGAAGCUUUCACCUUAGCUCCCUGGCAACAGCACCAACUUGAAGAAUUCAGACAAGGGAGUGAGCCUCCUAUGCAGGUUUUGACUGGAUCUCGUCAAAAUUAUUCUUCUGGCUACCAUGAUUUCAAUAGAUGGGAAUCUUUAUUGAAAAUUAAAGAAGGAUUGCUAAGGCAGAAGGAAAUUGUAAUUGACAGGCAGAAACAACAAAUUUCCAAUCUACAUCAGAGGAUCAGGGAUAAUGAAUUACGAGCACAACACGCCAUGUUGGGUCAUUACGUGAAUUGUGAAGAUUCUUAUGUUGCAGGUUUGCAGCAACCACAAUAUGAUAACGCUUCAUUUCAGGCUCCAUUUCCUGACCAAUCAAUAUCUCGCCCUGAACAUGAGGAACUCGAACGAAAGCUUGCUUCUGCCGAAAAAGAGCUUUCACAACUCAAUGAGUUUCUCAAGCAAAGUGCAAGCAAAUCUAAUGAAGAGAAGAAGAAACUGGAAGAGAAGCUUAAAACCAGAGAUAGAUAUAUUAGUAGCCUGAAAAAGAAAUGUCAGAAGGAAUCUGAACAAAACAAAGAGAAACAAAGACGAAUUGAGACCUUGGAAAAGUAUUUGGCUGACCUGCCAACUCUGGAUGACGUGCAGAACCAGAGCCAACAGCUGCAGAUUUUAGAAGAAAGAAACAGGAACUUACAUGAGACUGUAAAAGAUAUGGAGAAAAAACUUGGAGAGAUCAGAACUCAGUAUCAAGAGAAAGAGGUGCAACUGACUUGUCAACGGAAGAAAGAAAAGGAGUUGGUUACCACUGUGCAAAGUUUACAACAAAAAGUUGAAAGAUGUCUUGAAGAUGGUAUCCGGCUACCCAUACUAGAUGCAAAACAACUUCAGGAUGAAAAUGAUCACCUCAAAGAACAAAAUGAGAAUGCCAGUAAGGUAAUAGACAGCCAGCAAAAUAAGAUUGACAGAAUGUUGUUAGAAAUUCAGUCUAUGCAAGAGAAAUUUUGUCAAGAGAAAUUGGCAACUCAGAAAAUGGAGAAAGAGCUAGAAGAAAAAGAAAAGACUAUAAUGAAGUUAACAGAAACAUUACUUGAAAACCAAAGACUAAGUGAAGAAUAUUCUCCUUUCUUAGAAGAACAGCAAGAGAAACAAUCCAAGCAUCAGGCUGACUUAUCUCUACAGCCACUAUUGAAUUUUAGCAUGGUUGAUCAGUUGUUCAAGGAAAUGUCCCAUUGUUUGUUUGACUUGAAAGCAUUGUGCAGUAUUCUUAAUCAGAGAGCUCAGGGCAAGGAGCCUAAUCUUUCAUUAUUGCUCGGAAUCAGAUCUAUGAGCUCUUCAACUGAAGAGACUGAGAAUGACCACAGCCCGGAAUCAUUGACUAAAAAACUGUCAGACUUAUGUCAGUUACGGAAGGAGAUUGAUGAAUUAAGGACUAUGAUAUCAGACCGCUAUGCUCAGGACAUGGGAGACAACUGCAUUACCCAGUGAUAAAGUAUUGGUCCCACAGCAAUAAUGACUCAUUGCUCAAUGCUGCUGUGUUAACUAUUCUUCAUCUUUCUGUUCAGGAACCAUAUUGGAAGAUUGCAUUUCUAUUUGACCUGCAUAAAGGUUUUUCUGUGUGUUGUUUUAUUUUUGGGUAAGGAAGGCUGGGACUGGGAGAUAGUUUUCAAUGGAACUUAUUUAACUAAGCAAAAAAAAAAAACCCAAAACCCUACACAUUUCAAAUCACCAUUUGAACAGUACGAUAAAGUCUACACAAAAAAUAUCUCUAUUCUCAAACUACUGAUUGUAGGACCAAGCUGUGAAGAGUGCUAUUCAGAUAAAGAGGUAGGGUUGGUGUUUUGUUUUUUUGUUUUUUUGUUUUUUUUUUUUUU